AUGGCAGACUUAAAGAAUAGACUGCUGAAGGUGGCAGAAAUUUCCGCAAAGAUUUUUGACCUAAAUUUUAAUCCAACUAACGCUAGAACUGGUUCACGAAUUCUCGCUAAGAGAUUGAAGGGUCCUACGAUUGCAGGGUACUAUGGUGAUCCAGAUUUCCUGAAAUUCAAGCACUUAAAGACUUUAUACCCAGAUUUCCAGUUUGGAGACCAGAAGGAAGAGUAUAGACUUUCGAUGAUCGAGGCAAGGAAACGUCGUGGUAAAGGUGCUCCCAAGAAGAAGAAGGAGGCUAGCACCGGUGGAAAGACUAAGAAGAGGAAAUAA